AUGCGUGUACAAAAGACGAGCGACCAAAUAGUGGCAUCAAAUGGAAAUGCCGGUAUUGUAACAAUAUCAAACUCCCACUUCAUAAGCAGCGAAAAGAAACAGAAGGCGUUAUUGUUAAGUCCCAAAUACCACAUGAGAUUGGUCAAUAUAUAACAGUGAUAUCAUUUCGUUCUGGAUUCCAGGUACUAUCAUCGCCUCCCAGAAAUGACACUUUUCCGAUUGAUAUCUACGUCGACAAAUGCACUUUCAUGAAUAACAUGUUUGAUAUGCUGUUGACUCUCCUUGAUCCAACCUCAGUCUACAUAACCAUUCAAAACACCAUUUUCAUUAGUACUGAGACAAUUUUUCGAAAAAGUUAUGCUAUUCGGCUUAAUAUUCCACCCCUGGAAAAUAUCAGUUUAACAAAUGCAGUCAUAAAGUUGGACAAUGACACUUUCCAAUCAAAAACGUCAAGCAACUUUGCUCUUUUCUUUAAAGGAAAGAAACGCGUGACAAUAAAGGGGUGUAAGUUUCUAAACUGCUGGUAUGCUUACUCGAAUGUACAGAGGUGGACGAUACAGGAAACGGACGAUUUUUAUGAAACAGGUUCUGGUCCUAUUUCGAUAUUGACGUUCGCUGAUAGAGCUUUGAAGAGUGGAUGUCUUCACUCAAACACUAUUGAUGACACACAUGCUCUGUGGCAAUACGAAAGUCGUGUAAUAUUCGAAGAUACUGUGUUUAAGCAGAACGUGGGCACAUAA